AUGCGGCGGAGAAGAGUCGAAGAACCCGACGAGAUUCAAGAUGGAGAAUACGAGGAGGAAGAUGACCAACUGAUUGACGAUGGAGAAGAAGAGUAUUAUGAAUAUAUGACGAAGCGAGGAAACUCUACCAGAAAGCGAUCGCGAUCUAGUUUCAUUGACGACGCCGCGGUGGAGGACAACGAGGAAGACGAUGAUGAUGAGGACUAUGGAGGAGGUGGUAGUCGGAGCAAAAGGCGAAAUUCUAGAAGGAAGGGUGAGUGUUUCUUUGAAACUCAGGCCGUUGAGGAUGGCGACGAAGAUGAAGAUGAAGAGGAGGAAGCCGAUGGAGGAGAAGACUUUAUUGAUUAUGGUGGACUGGAACUACCCGAGGAAGAUGAUGGCAGACGGGUUCACCAAAGGCCAUUGCACGAGCCAGAAGACGAGUAUGAAAUUGUCAGAAGACUCGAGGAAAGAUAUUCGAGAGCAUCUCGACGUGAAAGUGAUGAAGAGGCAACAGGGAUAGGCCAACAGGCUCUCUUGCCUUCUGUACACGAUGCAAAGUUUUGGAGGGUGAAAUGUGUGGCUGGACGUGAGCGAGAGAUGGCUGUCUGCCUCAUGCAGAAGUCCAUUGAUAGAGGUCCUGAUCAGUUGCAAAUCACAUCUGUUAUUACCCGUGAUCACCUGGAGAAUUAUAUAUAUGUUGAAGCACAUAAAGAAUCACAUGUGAGAGAGGCAUGCAAAGGGCUUCGGAAUGUAUAUUUUUCUCAGAAACCCCAGCUCGUCCCAAUCAAAGAAAUGACAGACGUCCUUUCUGUUGAAAGCAAAGAAGUUGAUCUUGCAAGGGAUACUUGGGUCAGAAUCAAGACAGGAAUUUACAAAGGGGACUUAGCCAAAGUAGUUGACGUGGAUAAUGUGCGACGGAAAGUCACAGUGAAGGUGAUUCCCAGAAUUGACAUGCAGGCUAUUGCUACUAGACUGGAAGGACGAGAAGCCGGGGAAUCCAGGAAGGCAAUUGCUCCUCAUCCUCGCUUUAUGAAUAUCAACGAGGCUAGGGAACUUAAUAUUCACGUGGAGCGGAAAAGAGAUCCAUUGACCGGCGACUACUUUGAGAAGAUGGAUGGCAAAUUGUUCAGUGAUGGUUUCCUGUACAAAAGUGUUGCGAUGAAAUGCAUUACUGCUGCAAACAUCAGGCCAUCUUUUGAUGAACUUGAAAAGUUCGGUAAACCCGGAGAACACUGUGAUGAUGAUAGGAUGAUCAGCUUGUCAGCCUUAUCUGGAAACCGGAAGAAAGAACAAUAUUUGAAGGGUGAUGCAGUCAUUGUUCUCAAAGGUGAUUUAAAGAACCUUAAGGGACGGGUUGAGAAAGUUGAGGCAGAUAGUGUACAUAUCAGACCUGAAGCGAAGGGCCUACCUAGAACACUUACAGUGCAUGAGAAGGACCUCGGCAAGUAUUUUGAACCGGGCAAUCAUGUCAAGGUUGUGUCUGGAACUCGAAAAGGUGCAACUGGUAUGGUUGUCAAGGUUGAUCAACAUGUGGUCAUUAUUCUGUCGGAUACAACAAAGGAACAUAUUCAUGUAUUUGCUGGGGAUGUGGUUGAAUGCUCGGAGGUGGCUAGUGGUGGUGGUGUUACCAAAAUUGGAGAUUAUGAGCAUCGUGAUCUUGUGGCGCUGCAGAAUGGAGGCAGAAAGGGAGGACAAGGUGGGUUGAUAGGUAGCACAAUCAAAAUACGACGGGGUGCUUUCAAGGGAGAGCGUGGGCGAUUGAUCGGAAUGAUAUCUCAAACAAUGUGGCGGAUACAGCACCAUACCGUGAUUCUAGUCGAUAUGGCGUCGGAAGUGAGACCCCAAUGCAUCCUUCUCGGACUCCAUUGUACAUCUCCCAUGGGAGAUGCUAAUGCCACACCUUAUCAAUUUGGAAUGAGAACACCUAUGCAUGGAAUGGAAUGUGCAGGAUAG